GUGGUUUGGCGCCCAGGAUUCGAACCAACGAAACACUGGGCCGCCAGCAGCGGAGCGCGCGAACUUAACCACUCGGCCAUGGGGCCAGCCCCACAUUUUGGGACUUUUAUGGUUGAAGUUUUCCUGUGGUAACUACCAAAAAUAAUGUCACUAAAUCUUUAUUCUUCUAGAUUUGAUAGUGUAAUCUAGUUCACCUUGAAAGGAUUUUACUUAAGAUCUAAGCCUUUGCUCCUCUGACUCCUUUGCCUCCAUAGAAUCUUCCAAGCAUGCCUUUUUAAUUAGUGUUUUGUCCCAUGUAGCAUUUCUUUAGAGUUGAUUUUUUUAAAAAUAAGGAGUGACUUAUUUUAAACUCUGUUCUUUUCUAGGUUUUUCUUUAACUCAAAAACUAAAGCCAGUGAAGGUACAUUGAAAUAAGAGAGCCGAUCAUCUGAAUUUCUAGGACUUCUUGCAGUGGUACAAUAAGAGCUAGCUUGACUGCAGAAACCUGUCAAUGAUUGUACUUCAUAUUGGAAGUAGAACCUGGAGUAGAGAUUUUCCCACUUUAAGCAGUUUUGAUGGCAGAAAGAAGAAGGUCCUACAGUGUAGGGGAAGCAAUGGAGGAACUCAUGGGACCUGAUGGACAAAAAUGGGCCAAUAUGGAUCCAGAAGAACGAAUGUUAGCAGCUGCUACAGCUUUUACCCAUAUCUGUGCAGGGCAGGGUGAGGGAGAUGUCAGAAGAGAAGCCCAGUCUGUCCAAUAUGAUCCCUACAGUAAAGCUUCAAUAACCCCAGGAAAGCGAUCUGCUCUUCCUGUGCACGUGCAGUACCCACAUGUAGAAAAUAAUGUCACUUCAGAAACAGUCUCAGAGGCCUCCCAAAGACUCCGGAAGCCAGUGAUGAAGAGAAAAGUGCUGCGUAGAAAGCCAGGUGGGGAAGUAUUAGUGACAGAUGAGUCCAUCGUCAGUGAAUCGGAGUCUGGUACAGAAAGUGAUGUGGAUCUCUGGGACUUAAGACAAAGGCUGAUGAAUCUGCAGUUUCAGGAAGACAGGGAAUCCCCAGUUGAUACUUCACAAAAAUUUAAUCUACCACAUGAAUACCAAGGAAUUUCUCAGGAUCAGCUCAUUUGUUAUCUAGGAAGAGAAGGAAUAGGCCCUCCAGCGUAUGAACAAGACCUGAUUGUUGCCAGCCGACCCAAGUCCUUUAUUCUCCCAAAGCUGGACCAGUUAAGCCGAAACCGGGGCAAGGUAGACCGGGUAGCCCGGUAUUUUGAGUACAAACGAGACUGGGACUCAAUGCGGUUUCCUGGUGAAGAUCAUAGGAAGGAAUUACGCUGGGGUGUCCGAGAGCAGAUGCUGUGUCGAGCAGAACCCCAAUCGAAGCCUCAGCACAUAUAUGUUCCCAACAAUUACCUAGUACCAACUGAGAAGAAAAGAUCUGCCCUUCGUUGGGGUAUUCGUUGUGACCUUGCAAAUGGUGUCAUGCCCAGGAAGCUUCCCUUCCCUCUUUCUCCUUCUUAAGUCUUUUUUUUUUACCUGUCUCUUCACAGGAUUGUUUGGGGUAACCUGGUUCUUUAUAGCUCUCCUUUUAUUUAAACAGAAACAACUAAUUUGAAAGCCCAUGGGACAUUAUAGAGUAAGGACUUCAGUCAUCCUUCAUCUUUUCUAGGUAUUAUCAGAUACCUUUUGGUAUCAGAUACCAUUUAACUUCCUAAUUACCACUCUCAAAUCCAGCAAUUGCAGCAGUCAUGCCAAAGAAAGAAAAACAGACCUGGUCUUUCUGUUUUGUCACAUUAGUAAGCAAAGUCAGUUAGCGCUAUUUCUGUUCUAUAACCUUUUAGCCUUUGGCCAAUGUGAGUUGUUGUUUUUACUAGUGUUUUUAAAGUUGCUCGGCAUUAAGCUUAUCCAUUAAAGAAUUUUGGAAAUUUG